CUGAGCGUUUCGCGCCACCAGCGCGACUGGUCGAGCAGCCAAAACGCGUUUCGCACGCUACCAGCGCGACCGGUCGAGCAGGCGUCGAGCCGUCGAGCAGCGUACGCACGAUGUUGCUAAUCACAGCACUACUGGUUACGAAUGCCGCAGCCCUCGCGCCCCCGCUGCGCACUUUGCUCUCCCGCUCCGCGAAACCAAAAGCGCGGGAAGAGGCCAUCACUCUGAUCACCGAAAUGGAGAGAGAAGAGAGGGACAAAUUCCUCGAUUACGUGAACACUGUCCGAGACACACCUUCCAAGCUCGCGCGGCGGCCCCUGAUGCGCUACGCGCCGAUUUCUUGGUCGGCGCGAGACCUCGCCGCGCUGGACCGCGUCUUGGAUAUCGGCGGCGUGCCCGAGGACGACGCUUCCAAGCGGCGCGUCGUGCUCUCGACGCUGAGGCAGCUCGCGAACACUCGCGGCGUCUUGAAGCUUGAACGGGAAGCGCGGCGGCGGGCGAGGCUUUCUGCCUCCUUCGACGAGAUGCUCGAGCGGACGCCCAAGAUUGGGACUCCCGCAUUCGAGAUCGUCGAGGAGCAGGGCGCGUUCCAGGUGCGGCGCUACGCUGAUUUCGCGGUGGUCCGCACGGCGCGCCAGCGGGCCGUCUCCGACGACGGCGUCAAGCUGGGAGAACCCAAGAUGUCAGGUGCCGGGGCCUUCCAAGCGUUGGCAGGCUAUAUCUUUGGGAAGAACAAGCGCGACGAGAAGAUGGCAAUGACGACGCCGGUCUUUACACGCGCCGGCCAGCUCCUGUGUAGAAAUCAACCUUCGCCACGCCAUCGACGCGAUGUCUCGAUUCCACACAGGUCAGAUGGAGUUCGUACUACCGGAGGCCUACUGGAAAGAUCUUGGGAAGGCACCGGCGCCCGUGUCGAACGUGGAGCUCACCUACGGCGAGGGCGGGCUUGUGGCCGCCGCGUACUAUGGAGGCUACGCUACGAAGGACGAAGUCGAGCGGAGAUCGGCCGAGCUCGUCGAGGCGAUCAACGCGAGCGAGGACUACGACGUGGCCGGCGAGACAUAUUCCGCCGCGUACAACGACCCCUUCACACCGCCAUGGCGACGGCGCAACGAGGUGCUCGUGGCCGUGCAGCAAAAGGCAGGGGCUCCGCCCACUCGUCCUAGCACCGUAACAAGC